GCUUUACGCUUCCCAAGUUUUCAUUAACAGCUGGAGUUUGCCUGGACUGCCAUAAACCAAUAGGAUCAAUCGCUUUGGAACCGAUCCAUCAUCACGAUGAGCUACGUGUGCCAACAGUGUAAAGAGCCACUCCAGCUUGACGCAUCAUUGGUAGAUCUCGCACCCUCUGCGUAUGACAUGAUCGUAGCCUCUUUGCCUUCUGUGCCAGCCUCGCGCGGGCGCUAUGUGACAGACUCGGAAGCUGAGAAAGUAGCUCAACUUCCAUCUCCAUCCGCAAGCAAAGCAGCAUGGCAGCAGGCCACACCCUCAGAAAACUUGAGGGCCUCACCACCCCUUUCUACUCGAGCUCAGGGGAAACAACCCCAGCGCAACUUCCCAGCUCCGAAUGAGUCAUUUGUGCUCCUGCAGGAGAGCAUGAUACGCAGUAUACCUUCUCCAGUUCCAGGAGCCGCAAUGCCUAAGAAGGCUGCUCUCGGUAACCAAAAGAACGUCACAGCUAAAAACACUAGUCCACUACCUGCCCACCAGCAACCUGAGCCAGACCAUUCGAAUCCAACACCUAUCUCACACCACCUGCGCUCCACUAUGAGACUUUUUAAUGUGCUUUCUACCCGGUCUGACAUUGAUCACCCUCUGUGCGCGGAAUGCACACAAAUCCUUCUUUCAUCACUUCAAAGGCAGCUUGAUGAGACAAAGAAAGAGCGUGACGGUUAUAUCGCAUUCGAAAAGGAGGUUCGGAAGGAAAGAGAGCGGGAGAGCUUGGAUCUCAGUAGACAGGAUGCAGAGAAAAAGAUCGAAAGGCUCAAAUACGACGAACGGGCUGCCAUUGAACAAUUACGCCUUGCUGACAGGGAGAGGGAGCAGCUUGAUGAGGAGCUCAAGUUGUUGGAGGCGGAAGAAAAAGCGCUGGAAGAAGAAGAAGCUGAAUUUUGGCGAUCGCACAACGAGCACCUCCUAGUCUUGGCUGAACAAGCCUCACGUUUAGCGUCACUGCGUGCUGCAUAUGCUGCAGAUUACGCCACGCUCGAAAAGCUGGAGCGCACAAAUGUUUACAAUGACGCGUUUUGCAUUGGUCAUGAUGGCGUCUUUGGAACAAUCAAUGGCCUCCGGCUUGGGCGGGUUCCCGGAGUCCCAGUUGAAUGGCCCGAAAUUAAUGCAGCAUGGGGUCAGACCCUUCUGCUGCUAUAUACGAUUGCGCGGAAGCUUGACUACACAUUCGAGAGCUACCGUUUGAUCCCAAUGGGCUCGUUCUCGCGUAUUGAAAGAACUGUAGGAGACAAAGCGACAUACGAACUGUAUGGGUCAGGGGAUCUCCACCUCGGUCGCCUACUACAUAACCGUCGUUUUGAUUUUGCUAUGGUAGCAUUCCUAGAGUGCUUGAAGCAACUCAUAGAUUUCGUCAAGUCUCAGGAUCCUACGGUUGAAUUCCCCCAUCAAAUUGCCAAAGAUAAGAUAGGGGAAGCGUCUGUAAAACUUCAGUUCAGUCAGGAAGAGGCAUGGACUCGAGCGCUGAGGCAUGUUCUGCUUGCGCUGAAGAUUGUCUUGAAGUGGACAACCAAUGGCGGCAACGGCUAAAGAGAGUCCAUUUUACAUCAUUUCCCUGUAACUGUAGAACGUGCUCGUCCAGUUGGCGGGGAUGUGUGAUUAUUCUUUUUUUGGAGCGGUGACCAGAAUACGAUGCUUCGCACGACAAUGUACACGUGCGCGUGAGGUGUGGGCGUCUAUUCGCUGGCUUCUAUGCCUUUCCU